GAUAUAGCUGAAGAUGAACAUCAAAAUGUCUACUCACGAAGUAAUCUUUCUAGUGGUCGUUCUUCUGUUAAAUUACGCGUCUACGCAGCAUCCUCCACCAUCUUCAGAAAGUGAGCAGUCGGACAAAGACAGUGAAGAGACAGAUGAAGUUAGGCAAGCAGAACAGAGUAACAGUCCGGGGGUGUUCGAAGAAAAAAGGUUUGAUUCUAUUGGUGGCAUUAGAGGCAUGUCAGGAUUUAAUAAAAAGAACGAACAAAGUGGAAUACGACAACUGAAAGAAAACACAAAGAAAAAUUAUGAUUCAAUAGGUGGGUCACGUGGUUUUAUGGGAUUUAACAAGAAAAAUUAUGAUUCCAUUGGUGGAUCAAGAGGAAUGAAGGGAUUCAAUAAGAAGAACUUUGACUCUAUUGGCGGGUCAAGAGGACUUAUGGGAUUCAACAAAAAGAACUUUGACUCUAUCGGUGGAUCAAGAGGUCUAAAGGGAUUUAAUAAGAAAAGUUUUGAUUCAAUCGGUGGAUCCAGAGGUUUACAUGGUUUCAACAAGAAAAGCUUUGAUUCAAUCAGUGGAUCAAGAGGUUUAAUGGGAUUCAACAAGAAAAGUUUUGAUUCAAUAGGUGGAUCAAGGGGUUUGCAGGGUUUCAACAAGAAAAGAUUUGAUUCAAUCAGUGGAUCAAGAGGUUUAAUGGGAUUCAACAAGAAAAGUUUUGAUUCGAUCGGUGGAUCAAGAGGUUUAAUGGGAUUCAACAAGAAAAGUUUCGAUUCAAUCGGUGGAUCAAGGGGUUUGCAGGGUUUCAACAAGAAAAGUUUUGAUUCAAUCGGUGGAUCAAGGGGUUUGCAAGGUUUUAACAAGAAAAAUUUCGAUUCAAUCGGCGGAUCCAGAGGUUUAAUGGGAUUCAACAAGAAAAGUUUCGAUUCAAUCGGUGGAGCAAGAGGACUUCAGGGUUUCAACAAAAGGCGAUCCGACACCAUAAAUGGCCCUACUGGACUUUCUAGUUUCAAUAAAAGGUCAUUUGAUCGUAUAUCAGGAAGUCAUGGCUUUUCCGGAUUUGUUAAAAGAGAAUACGGUUUUGAUCAACCAGAAAAUAUGGAACACGAAUCUGCAUAAUUUAUAUCUUCUGCUGAUAGUUUUAAAUGCAAAUACUACAUAAUUGUUCACAUACUUCAAGUUUUUUUUAAUAGAAAAACUGAGAAGGGGAUUGUUUUAGGCCCUAAACAAAUUGGAACUGAUGAUAAAUUCAUGAAACAAAUUUGAUACUUAAAACUUAUAUUUGUCGCUUUAUUUCAAUUUCUAUUCAUUUGUGUGUAUCUGAUAUUCAGUUUUUUGAAUAAUAAAUGUAGUACCCAAUAAUUUUACGAAUAUUUUCAGAGUGUUGAAGGUUUUAUAUUAAGUUUUUUUUAUUGUAAUUAAUGCAACUUUUUUAUUGUGAAUGAUUAGUUCUGAUUUUUUAUUAUUAUCAUUAUUUCAAGGGAUAUUGAAAUAAGCGCAGAUAUACACAUUGUGAUCCAAAUAAAAUUGUAGAUUAUGUU